UGUCUCAAUAAUGUUAAUAUAAUUUUAAACAUAGUUGGCCAACUAUUGUCUCUAAGUCGAUUUCCGAGAGAGAGAGAGAGAGAGAGAAUUUGACUGUCUCACUCACUCACAACUCAUCUAUAUAAACACCCUAGGGACAAGCAUUUGCUACCACCAUCUGCCUCCAUUAAAUUUCUGCUUUUGCAUUAUUGUUUAAAAACAGUUUGGUUUAGAAAUGGGAAAAUUGGUUGCUCAGACUGAGAUCAAGUCUGAUGGAGAUGUGUUCCAUGAGAUCUUUAGGUACAGACCACAUCACAUAAAAGAUAUGAGCCCCGCGAACAUUCAGGGUUGUGAAAUACAUGAAGGCGAAUGGGGAACUGUGGGCUCUGUCAUCUUCUGGAACUACACCCAUGACGGGAAACAGAAGGUUGUAAAAGAUAUAGUCGAAGCCAUUGAUGAAGAAAAGAAGUCGGUAACAUUGAAGGUGAUUGAAGGAGAUCUCAUGAAAUUGUACAAGACCUUCACUGCAACUGUUCAAGUUGAUACAAAGGGUGAAAACAACUUGGUGACAUGGACUUUCGAGUUUGAGAAGUUGAAUGAGGGUGUGGAAGACCCAAAUACUUUCAUGGACUUCUGUCUCACAGUCACCAAAGAUAUUGAAGCCCACCAUCUCAAGUAAUAAACUUAAAGAUGGCAUAUGUGGGUUAUCGGUGAUAUAUACCUAGUUCUUGUGUGAUAUAGGAAUGUUUUUAAGUGUUAAGGUUGCUAUUUCUCCUUUGAAUAAGAUGUAUCUGUGAAGGACAUGUAUAUGUGCUUGCUGAAGGUUGUGUUCUUAUGUAUUUGGGGUGCUUUAUGUAUAUCUCUAUGCAAAAUAGCGUGGUAAAUCUUGUUUAUAAUGGUCUCUCUCUCUCUCUCUCUCUCUCUU